AUGGCCUCGCUACUCCUCUACGGUGCCAUGACGCUCCUACUGGUCGACUCAGUAAUCGAACUGGGCUUCAUCGUCACCACGGUCGGAUGGCUACAUGGCACUGCUGGCCGCUAUGGAUUCCUCAUCAACUAUCAAGGCGACCAAUUCUUGCUAGCUGGAAAGCCACUCAACCUCCUCGGCGACCAGGGCCACACAGCAAAUGGCGCUGCUGGCACGAACAUCGUUGUCAUCUGCGUGGGCGGAGCGCUCGCAUUGUUCCUGCGCCACCGUCAGCUCAAGCGCCGUGGCGGUAUCAGUGGGUUCUCGGCCUUCCUCUACAACUUCUGGCUCUGGAUGACCGCCAUCACCGCCGUCUUCACCGUCGCCGCCUUCGUAUACGUCUUCGUCGAGACAUACAGACAUACCGGCCAGAGCAUCGACGUCCAGUUCGCCUCACAGCUCGGCAACACCGCGAAACCGCCACAUGUGCCGUACCCACGAGAUGCCUGGACGCCGCAGAAUUGGUACCCAGCGGUGCUCGAUCUGGACCUCGCAACAUCGGGAGACCGCAGCGACAUCGUCACCCACCUCAAGAUCAUGAAAGGAUGGCAGUGGAACCUGAUUCCGAUGAUGAUCCUCAACAUUGUCGUUGCAGCACUCGCCUUCAUGGACAGGAUGCGGCACAAGCAGGAUGUGAACAGGUCCAACGGCAAUCAGACCGCCUACGAGUUCACGAACUAUGCAAAGGUGCCCAGUGGCAGUAAAAUUCAUCUUACGGGUCCUGCUUCCUAA